UCCUCUAAGAACAAAACGUCCGAUAGAGAAAGGGUAUCACUGAGUCUUAUUGCGACAGAGAAGAAGAAAGCUCCAAUUUUUCUGCGAAUAUGGAGGUUCCAAGCUCUGAGGAACUACUUCAGUUUCUGAGUUCUUGCCUCUCUCAGAUCAAAUGGAGACUCAAGAGCAAUUCCAAACGCCGUCUCGAAAUAGAUGUUCUGGCAUUAUGCACAGGAAUGAGACCAGUUGUGAUGAUUGACUAUGGUGGAAAGAUGCCUGAGCUACAGAAUCGUUUGCUGUCACUUCUUGAGCUCAUCCGAGAGGGUUUACCAGUUUUUAAAGAUCUGAAGGUUAUGGUUAUAGAGGAUAUGAUAUACCUCAUAAAUGUAAGAAGCCUGCCCAAGUUUGUAAGCUCCAGCUUAGAUUCAGAACCCGAGUUGUUCUUCAUUGACUUGGAACAAGAUCCUCCAAAGAUGGUAACACAAAGCAAGGAAAGCAAUCUGGGGAUGCAGCUUAGAUCGAUUCAGAAGCUAUUCUCUUCGACAUUUCCUUUAGAUGACAGCAAUACUGAUACCACUACGGUACUUGAUGAGGCCAACUCUUCUCAGACUUCUUUAUGCAUUGAUCUUAGCUGUUGUUUACAAGACACUAAAGUUACAAUCCCAACCUUAAACGGAUGGCUGCUGGACUAUCCAGUUGUGUAUCUAUUUGGCACAGAUCACAUAGAAGAAGCAAUCUACAACCUAUCCACCAAAUCCCUCCGCCUAUUCAAAGUUCUAGUAUGCAGGAAUGGUACCACCGAGAAGGACUCUCAUUUAGAAGAGCUAACAAGUUUUUCAGUGCCAUAUGAUCUGAGUAUGGAAGGUAGCAAGGAAGUGUGGGCUGAAAAAUUUCUGGAGAGGAUGAGUUCAAGGUGGGAAGAAUGCAAACACAUUUGGAGAUCAUUAGAUUUGCAAGUUUCUGAAUGUUAUCCUCAAGCAAUUGUGCUUUGAGGCUUUUUACAUUUCAGACAGUUGUUCACUGAACUUGGUAAAGAGUUUUUAUUCAUCAAAGUUA